AGCAGUGUGGCUAUGAAUGACCUGGGCAUCAAGGGGACUUGCCAGGCUCACCCCAGACUGGGGGGGCAUGACAUUUCUCAGAAACAUCCCUCUCCUCCCACAGCUGGACCGAGGCUGCAGCAGCAUCAGCAGCAGAAGGAGCUGAGGCAGCUCCCUGGGCACCCUGGCACUCCCCACGUUUUGGGCACACGCUGCAGGUGCUUCCCCUGCUUCUCCAAGCCGGUUCCGGCCAGGGUGGGAAUGGCUAGAGCAGUGGCAAGGGCAGCUGGACUCUAGCAGGAGCUCGUCUUGGAUGCGGUCAAGGCACAGGAAGCAGCAGCAAUGCGAGCCACGGUGCUCCCAUUCAGAUGGGGAGAUAAUCCGGCGGCCAGCAGUUGCCAAGCCACGUGAAGUGGAUCCCUGCUGCGUUGUGGCUCCUAGAGAAGCCUCGAUCCUGUGCCUGGAGGGUCGGAAAAGGCUCAGCCCCAGGGAGGUUGUGAAAGAUGACUGACCAUCCUCAGACGCCUACAGAUCCUUCUAUGGCAAACCCUUCUCCCCAUCACUGGGGAGAAACAUCCCGUCCUUCCCAAAAGUUAAGCCACUGCUCAGCUGCUAAGUCUGGAAAGGAUGUUGCCUGGGAAGAUGCGUAUGGAAAUGAACUGAUCUUUGCCUUAGAUGAUGAGGAAGCUCCAGCUCCAGACUCACCCAACAGCUUUUUCUUUGAUGAAGAUGUCAGCAAAGAGCCUACCUUCCGUGUGUCAUCCCGUCCUCUAUUUCCUCUUGAAUCAGAUUUCCCCAUUUCCCACUCCCCAUCUCCAACUCACCCAGCAUCUCAGAAACCAACUGGUUUGGAAAACCCACACAGCCCCAAACCCUUAAUCAACUUGGUGAAAUCCUUCUCAACUGAAAUUGAGCCCCGGGAAGGCCCGUCUCUCAAACCCCAGCCUUUAUUGAGCUUGGUCAAAUCCAUUUCCACUGAAAUUUCCUGCUUGGAGCCUGAGGUGACACUGUCCAAAUCAGACUCCAAGCUCAACAUCCAUCUAUGGCGACAAAUCACCCAGCCCAAGAACAAAAAUGGCAAUUCAAGGACUGCUCCAUCAUCUCCCAACCAUUCUCCUUUGGAGAGCAAGGGCAACUUCCUUAAGGCUCAGGAAGCCAAGUUUGAGGGCACCAAAAGGAGGUUUUCGGAAGCCAUGCAGGAGCCACUCAGCAGGCUCAGCAAAAUAAUUGGGGAUGAGAAUAACACAUCCCCCAAGCUCCGAUUACCCCUUUCCAGGCACCAACAAGGUCACGAUUCCCUUUCUCACCACUUCAAGGGCUCCCCCAUCUUGGAGAAUAGUAUGGAACAUCCCAUCCAUGAGACAGAUCAGACUGAGGCCAUUUUAUCCAGGAGAGUGGAAAUGGACGAAUCUUUCCCCACAGAGCAGAAGUGGGAUUCCUUCUCUUCACACUGCCAGUAUGAAGUUGGCCCCUGUGGUGACAUCAUCCAAGUGGUUGAGACAGCUGAGAAGAAAAGCAAGGGCUCUGGGGAAAUGCAGUCCCUCUUAUCUCUUGGGGCAGUCCAGCCCCCCAAGUGUUGCAGCCCAGUGCCAUGUAAAGUUCUCACCUGGAUUGCCAUCUUGGCCUACAACUACCUGGUCCUCCCUUUGCCUCCUUACAUCUCAGGCCUCUGUCUUGGCUUAGCCUGUGGGUUCCUUCUUGGUCUCCUGGUUAUUUUGCUGCUGGUGCCAAAGCAUGCCUUAUCCCCACAGAAAAGGCCCCCUCCCGAGGGCGUGCUGCCCUUGCAAGUGAUACUUCAGCAGCCAUGGGAGCCCCAUGUGCUCAAGGGUUGGAUGAACGAAAUGCAUCCCUAUGACCCUGAGAUUUAUCAUCCUUCUCUUACCCAUUCCGUAUUUGUGACCUUAGAAAGCUCUACCUUGACAUUGUCUUAUCCCCAAACCAGCAUCCCUCGGCGAGCCACCUUUGAGGAAGAGAACUUUGAGGUGGCUUUUGUGAACCACCGACUUUAUGAUAUGAGUGGAGCCAAGGCCUUCCUCUUCCCACCUGGGUUGGCUCGCAAAAGGAUGUGGAACAAAAAAUAUCCCAUAUGCAUUCUUUUCCCAGACCAGGUGGAUCUGAAGACUAAAGGACCAGCAGCAAAGGACCAAGAUGUGGAGUCUCCAGGAGAGGAGAACCCAAAGAAGGAAGUAUCAGGGCAGCACCCAGCUGAGGACUCAGAAAGGACACUUUAUCUUUUUGGCAGAACAGGAAGGGAUAAGGAAGAGUGGUACCAAUACCUCGUGAGGGCCUCCCAGGCUGAACACCAUGAGCUACACCACACCAGCCAAGGUGAACUCCUCUCAGGUGUAAACCAGCCCAUCCCCGCAGGAAAGGAGAUCUACAAUAACAGCAGCAGUGGGAAUAGCACCGAAGACCUCCUCUCUGCAAUCAAGCCCAAGGACCUGAGCAUCACUAUCCAAGAAAAAUUGUUAUCGGAUUACAAGGUGUACAUGUCCCGAAUCAUUCCGGCAGUCAGUGACUCCAACCUGAAGUCAUGUCCUAGUGCAACAGCCAGCCCUGGAUCCAAAAAGUUCCUUGGUGGUGAGAUUCUGACCCCCACCCCUCCUACAGCUUGGGUCAACGCCAUGCUUGGCCGAAUGUUUUGGGACUUCCUAAGGGAAAAAUAUUGGGCAGACCAAGUUUCAGACAAGAUUCAGAAGAAACUGGGCAGAAUCAAGUUGCCAUAUUUCAUGAAUGAGCUCACUCUAACUGAUCUGGAAAUGGGGACUUCCAUCCCACACAUACUCAGUGCUUCUAGCCCCACCGUGGAUAACCGAGGGCUUUGGGUGGAUAUGGAAAUGACCUACCACGGAUCCCUGAAGAUGACCCUGGAGACAAAGAUGAACUUGUGCAAACUAGGUAAAGAAGACCUGGAAGAGGAAAACAGGAAGGCAAACAAGGACAGAAAAGG